AUGCCAAAGAAAAAUACUAGAAAGUACGUUUUUAAAGGUAAUAAAAAGCAAGAUGAUGGUGACAUUUCUGACUCCCUUAUGUCUCCGUGUUUGCAAAUCAGUCAAGAUAUAGAAUUAAAAGACAUUCCUUCGAAUGGGGAAGAGUAUCUUCUGAAAGUUAUGAAAGAAAGGCAAAAUUAUUCAACAGUUACAACUUGCAACAGGGAUUUUUCCAAGUUUGCCCGAAACCAAUCAUGUUUCGUUAAAGAGUUGCCACAUGCUAAAGCUCCAGAGAGUCUAAAACCAACUAUAGAAUGGCAAAAUAUUCAAGUUGCUGAUUUCUCAAAAGUUAGGAUGUACAUUUCAAGGUUGAUAUCUAAUAGAUCACUUUGGCCUAAAGAUGUUAUAAAUAUAGAAAUAGAUCCAGAUAACAUUGCAGCUUGGAUGAACUUAUUUGAAAAUAAAGACCCAAAGCUUUCUUGCGUGCUUGGCUUGCAUCAUGCACUAUUAGACCACGGCCUGGAGAUUCUCAUUGAAAUGCUGGACAAAGUUAAACCUGGCAGUACAAUAAACUAUAAAACAGGUCAAUGGAUUUACGCAUUUUUAGCCUGCACCAGACAACCUUUGCUCUCUGACACUACAAGUAUAUUAAGAAAUCUAGCUAGAAAAUGUGCAGAGAUCAGAUCUCAUCUUAAUACGGAGAUGUGA